AAUCCUUCGGUACAUAGAACAUACCUUGGCCUCUUCUUCUUUCCUUUUAAUAACUAAACAAGUUAAUUCACAAACUCCCAAGUUAUACCUUCAGUUAUUCAAACAUUAAUAGAUCUGAAAUAUAACAAAAACAAACAACAUUAAUAAUUUGGACAUAAAUGCAGAAAUGAGCGAAUUGCACGAUCAUUACGUGGCUGGAGAUAAAGAGUAGCAAUCAGUUCCAGCAAUCAGUGCCUGGCUGGACACAGCGAAAACUGUAGCAAAAUAUCGGCCGGGCAUUCCAACUUCAAUCAGUUUUGAAUAGAUUCGAGCCAAUCCAAGUGUUGGAGGUUCUUCCCCAGGUCGUAAUCUAUCUCCCCACAAAAAUUUGGAGCAUUCCAACUUCAAAAAUGGCAACUCCGAUGAAGCUCCAAGCUCCGGCGAGCUCGAUUUGGCCGGAAAUAGUGUUCAAACCAAUCAGAUGCAGCAAAACCAAUGCCUAACAGUUUCUGCACCUCAGGGGAGUGUUUCUAACCCGUCCUCUUCAGCUUUGAUCCACUCAGCUGCGACGAAUUUGAAAAAUGGAGGAUUUGGCAAGUUGAGCAUACAAGGUGUUCGACAAUAUACCAAUUCCAAUUUCACGCCAAUUCAGCAGGGUUCAGAUGUUUUACAUGCUUCUUCUCACCAAAUACAAUCCCCCAUAUAGUUAUUUAUCACAAACAGUUUGACCGAUCCGGGUAGUUCUUGUUCAUAUAUGAACGCUACUUUUUCGGCCAGAACACUACUCUUAGUCAUGGCUGUUUUUGAAUAAGUUUUGAAACGGAAGCUUGGAUCUUAAAAACGAGAUAAUCAAUAUUAACUCUUAAGAAUUAAAGCAGAAGCUUCGAUCUUGAAACGGAAGCUUGCCAGAACUUAGAAUUACUUCUUUGUGUACAUAGUAUUAAAUCCUAAACUGAAAAAUUAAAAGAGAAAUUUAGCGGAAAAAUUUCCGGCAAAAACUAUUUAUUUUCCGUAAAAAUUCACGAGCUUGAAAAACGUGAGAAACCCAUGUCAGCUUUUUGGGUCUAAAUGGCACACAAUAUGCCUGGUUAAAGUGUUAAAAUGGAACCGGCUUAAGAUUAAGUGUCAAAGUGGAAAGUAGAAGUAAGUUAAAGGGGCCGCCAGUGUAUUUUUCUCAAAAGCAAUAUUUCCUGGCAAUGGUCCAGUCGCUAUAUUAUUUGGAAAUAUUUGCUAUUGUUUCUUCUUUUGAUGCUGCUUCAUAUUUCUUGUUAUUGGUAUGAUCACCAUACUGUCUAUCUUGGACUGAAAAUUAGGGUGACCCUUCAGACAGCAAAGACUUAGCCAAUUCAAGGGGGUUGCUGCAGCAAUUACUUCUGGCAAUUUUCAAAAUUUUAGCUCUGCAAAAGCAGGGUAUUCGGGGGCCUCCAGGUACACUCCUAUUAGGGAACCUCUUGGAGAUCCAUAACGCUUUUAGUCAUGCAUCAAUAGCGAGUGGCACGAGCAAUGACUUCCCAGUUUCUCACAAUAUUCAAUCAAUUCUUUUUCCAUUUGUAGAUCGAUGGCUCGAAAAAUAUGGUGACAUUUUCAUGAUAUCGAUUGGGAGUACGCAAAUUUUAGGAGUGGCUAAACCUGAGAUGGUGAGAGAGAUCAUGAACACUUCAGCAAAUUUUGACAAACCCCCUUAUUAUAUGGAAUUACUUAAACCUUUGUUUGGUGAUGGUGUGAUAACUUCAUCUGGUGCUAAAUGGAAUUCCCAGAGGAAGAUUCUUGCCCCUGAGUUCCGCUUGGAGAAACUUAAGGGAAUGAUCAAAUUGAUUCAAGAAGCUGCAGUUACGGUAGUAGAGCAAUGGAAUGCCGAGAUAGAGAAGGCUGCUCAAGGUGGAAUUGCAGAAAUACACAUCGACGAAUACAUGAGAAGGUUUUCGGCUGAGGUGAUAUCUAGGACAUGCUUUGGAAGCAGCUACAUUGAGGGUGAAGAAAUCUUCUCUAAGCUUACUACUCUAUGGUUGACCGUAUCCAAGAAUCUUGAGUUUUACGCGAUUCCAGGAAUGAGGCAUAUCCCUACGAAGAGAAACAGGGAGAUUAAGGCACUGGAAAAAGAAAUUCAAACGUCCAUCUUAAAAGUGAUCGAGGAACGAAAGCAAGCUGGAAUCGAGAAAAAUUUGCUACAGACUAUUCUUGAAGCUGCCAAGAGUAGUGGGUUGAGUCAAGAUUCUGCAAAUAAAUUCAUUGUAGAUAACUGUAAAAACAUUUAUUUAGCUGGAUAUGAAACUACUGCUGUUUCCGCACAAUGGUGCCUCGUGCUACUAUCUGUCUACCCAGAAUGGCAAAAUCGCGUUCGUUCUGAGGUAAUUGAAGUUUGUAAAGGACAACUUCCUGAUCAUGAUAUGAUUUUCAGAAUGAAACAGUUGACAAAGGUGAUUAAUGAGACAUUGCGACUAUAUACUCCAGUACCAGUACUUCCAAGAGAAGCAUUUGCUGACAUGAAGUUUGGGGACAUUUGCAUACCAAAGGGUCUAAAUAUUUGGUUACUGGCGACAACGUUACACACAGAUCCAAAAGUAUGGGGACCCAAUGCCAACGAAUUCAAUCCAGAUAGGUUUGAGAAUGGAGUGGCCGGCGCCUGUACACAUCCAUAUCUGUACAUGCCUUUUGGAUCUGGAGUAAGAAUAUGUGUUGGACAAAACUUUGCCUUACUCGAACUCAAGAUUCUGAUUUCACUUCUUUUAUCUCACUUUUCUUUCUCCCUCUCGCCCAAAUACGUUCAUUCGCCUACCUACCGUGUGGUUAUUGAGCCUCAACAUGGAGUUCAUCUUCUUGUUAAGAAAUUAUGAUCAGAUCGAUGCACGUAUGCUUCUUCAACAUCAAUCGUUUGUAAGACAUCACAUGGAAAUCAUUGACUGACAUUUUAGUGUUACAAGCAUUUAAUGUUUUGGAUAUGUAAGUCCUUAUUUGUUAAGAGUACUAGUAUUAUUUUUACCUUGCGUAGAAUCAACUCAACUCCUUAUAUUCACGGCUAGAAUAUUUUUUUCUUUUUA